UUUCUCCAUCCAGUGCAGUUGACAAUGUCUAACCUACCUUCUGCGGAUGUGCAGCCCUUUAGGAAGAUGGCCAGUUCCCAUCACCGUCGCAGGGUGCAGGUGGUGGUCCGGCUCCGACCCUACCAGUCCACAGACGAUGAGCAGCAGCAGGGCCCCUGUGUGCGUGGCCUGGACACCUGCUCGCUGGAGCUUGUGAAUUGGAGGAGCCGGACAGAGUCCAUGCAAUACAACUUCGAUGCUUUUUACGGUGAUGACACGUCACAGCUGGAGAUCUAUGUGAAUUCAGUGAAACCGAUCCUAUCCCAUGUCCUGAAUGGACAGAAUGCCAGUGUCUUUGCCUAUGGCCCUACGGGAGCAGGUAAGACCCACACCAUGCUGGGCAGUGCCAAGCAGCCCGGAGUGGUCCCUCGUUCUCUGCUGGACAUAUUCCGCAUGGUGCGGGAGCAGAGUGACCAGCUGUGUGGACCUUCCUGGAGAUUUAAUGUGACCAUGUCCUACUUGGAGAUCUACCAGGAGAAGGUGUUGGAUCUACUGGAGACCACGCAUCAAGACUUGCCGAUUCGAGAGGACCAAGACAAGAAUAUCUUCAUCCCCAACCUGACACAGCAGCGCAUCACCAGCUUCGUGGAGUUUGAGCAGUUCUUUCUGCCAGCCACACAAAGACGGACCACAGCCAGCACCAAGUUGAAUUGUCGAUCCAGUCGCAGCCACUCUGUGCUUCUGAUUAAGGUGACGAAACUGCAGAAAGAGGCACCAUUCCGACAGCUGACGGGGAAACUCUACCUCAUUGACCUGGCAGGAUCUGAGGAUAAUCGCAGGACUGGGAAUGAAGGCCUCCGGCUAAAGGAGAGUGGGGCCAUCAACAACUCUCUCUUUGUGUUGAGUAAAGUGGUGGAUGCACUGAACCAGGGCUUGCGCAGGAUUCCCUACAGGGACAGCAAGCUAACCCGUCUGCUGCAGGAUUCUCUGGGAGGCACGGCCCACAGUGUAAUGAUAACGAACAUCGCUCCAGAAUACAAGUACUACUUUAACACGCUCACCGCCCUCAACUUUGCUGCCAAAUCCAAGCUGGUGGUCAACCGUCCUUUCACACAGGAAACCAUACAGCCUAUCGACAUUUGCCCUUCAAAGCGUUCCUGUGAAGGAUCAUCUACUUGGCAACAUCCAGCCAAGAGAACAAAAUCCGAGUCGGAGAGUGCUGAUUCCUCGGAGGAGCUGGCUUUUAGCCCCCUCCUGAAGCCGGGAGAAUAUGACCCAGAGGCCUUUGACUCGGACGUGUUGGAACGAAUUUCCAAUCUGGAAAAGAUGCUGCGGAAACACGGCAAGCCUGGUCUUCCAUUACUGGGAACACCCAAAGAGGAACGUCUCCAACUCCUAAAAAAACUGGAGGAAAGUAGGCUUCAGAUAGAGAAACUGGAGCAGAGACAGAAGCAACUGGAGCAAGUGAUUGUCUCUCAAGAAACGGCAGCGGGACAAGCCCUGAGGAAGGAGACAUUGUUGAACAGCAGUCACCCUGGAGCUCUGCGCAGAGGCUCAGUGGCCAAGCCGAGACAGCAGGCGAUAGUGACACCACUACAGCGUCUGGAUAACGGUCAGUUACUCAAAACCGGCGACAUGCUGGUGCUGAAGAGGAAAGAGAAACCGAAUAACAAGGAGUGCAGCAGUGACUUGGAGAAUGAGUUUGAGCUGACCGUGGAUCAUGAACUGACUCAGAGACGCAAGGAUUACAUCCUGAACAUCCUCAACACUGGAGACCUGAAGCAGCUGAAGACCCUGCAUAAGGUCGGGGACAAGACUGCCAAGCUCAUCAUGGGCUGGAGGGAAGACAAUGGACCUUUCAGACAGAUUGAGGACCUGGAGAAGAUUGGGAUGUCAUUGAGAACUCUGUCCACUUUCAUGAGGGCCAACAUGGUGAGCUGUAUGGUGAAGUGAAUACCUGGCGUAGAUGAAGGAUCACACCAUCUUUCCAAGCUGUCUUAACUGUGCCGGAGUCUGGUGUGCAAGUCGAAGCCUUCAGUUCUAUUGGUGGGUGGGUGUGUCCUCUGCCUGUUCCUUUUUUUAUUCAAGUAUGAAUCUUGUCAGAAUGGAAUACAGCUGAGAAUGUAUAUUUCCAUCUCCGCUCACAUGUCACUGCUAUUGUAUUUUAACCAUUUUUCUUGUCUUUAAAAAGAUUUGCUACAGUUGUA